AUGUUGGCCGGUUGUUCGUCGACACUGCUUUCUCCGAGGCAUAGAUUACGAAGCGAAUCAUCCGGACAGUUUCAAGCUUGCCACAAUAUUCCCACAAUGAGCACACAGAGACUCGACUUGCCGUGCAGUUUCGUUAGGAAAGACGGGCCGAGGCCUCAGCCCGUCAGGCCCGUUGGCCUUUCGAUUGUCGACAAGCCCGUUGAUGCCAAGCCCACCGGUUGCUCUCUCUGGCAGAACAUCAAACUCCCGCCAACCCCAACCGAAAAAGUUAGUGACUUUUGGGACAAAGGCAGGAGCUCGAAGAAGAGGUAUGCAGCUGAAGAAGUCAUAUUCGACGAAGAGAGCCACACGAACCGAACAGAGAGGAGGAAAAGGGCCCGCGGCUCACCCAAACAAGAACAAGAAGACGAAGAGGGGCAUUUGAGGAAUUUCGGCUGGUUCCAUCCGGGCUCGUGCUCGGUCGACGAAAAUCAAGAAGAACUCGUAGUAGCUUCCCCUCUUCCCCCUCUUUCGAGCAUCCCGUGGCUCGACUCUACCGCAAUCAAAUGUCCCGAGUCUCGGGACUCGUCCGGCUCGUCGUCAUCCAGCGGUGGUGGUUCCGGCAAUAGCAGCCGCCAAAUAACCGUUCUCGGGCCGCCGGGCCAUAGCUUCUCCGGGCCCAAGCCUGGCAACGCCUCGUCCCCACCCGAGCCCGCCUUUCAGCCGCCACAUCACCACAACGGCGGGACCCACAACCACCACCACUCGGACGAGCACGAGUGUGUCGAGCUCGUCAGCCUUCUCGUCUCGUGCGCCGACCAAAUCGGGUCGAGAAAAAACCCGGCCGCCGCCGCCACCUGCCUCCUCCGACUCGGCCACCUCGCUUCCCCGCGCGGACCCUCCGCCGUUCACCGCCUCGCCGCAUACUUCACCGAAGCUCUCGCUCUCCGAGCCUCUCGACUCUGGCCGCAAGUCUUCCACUUCCCGCCACAACUCGACUGGGCCCACGACGAAAACGAGGCCCUCCGAGUGCUAAACCAAGUGAGCCCAAUCCCGCGCUUCGUCCACUUCACGUCGAACGAGAUCCUCCUCCGAGCCUUCGAGGGGAAAUCUCGAGUCCACGUCAUCGACUUCGACGCGGGUCUAGGGUUACAGUUUCCGGGCCUUCUCCAGAGCUUGGUCUCUCGACCCGACCCGCCGACCCACGUCCGGAUCACGGGCGUGGGCGGCGGGGGGUCGAAGCAGGAGCUUGUCGAGACGUUCGACAGUCUCGACAAGCUCGCGGCCGAGAUGAAUCUCCCGUUCGAGCUAAGAUUCCACGCGGUCGUCGAUCGGUUGGAAGAUGUUCGCCGGUGGAUGCUCCACGUGAAGGAAGGCGAAUCCGUGGCCGUGAGUUGCGUUUUUCAGCUUCACAAAUUGCUUUACGAUUCGACGGGAGGUUCGAUUAGGGAUUUCUUGGGAGUUAUUCGAAGCACGAAUCCCGAGGUGGUGGUUUUAGCCGAGCAAGAAGGGGAGCACGACGGGUCGAGCCUCGAGUCGAGGCUAUGCAAUGCUCUGAGAUACUACGCGGCGAUUUUCGACUCGGUGGAUGCGAGUUUGCCGUUGGGGAGUGUGGCUCGGGUGAGGGUUGAGGAGAUGUUUGGAAGGGGGAUUAGGAAUAUAAUUGCGUGCGAGGGUCGGGAGAGGGUGGAGAGGCAUCGAGGGUUCGAGAAGUGGAGGGAGGUUAUGAGGGGGAGUGGGUUUAGGAGUGUGGGGAUUGGGGAAAGGGAGGUGAUGCAAGGGGAGAUGAUGGUGAGGAUGUAUUCGAGUGGGGAAGGGUUGUUUCGAGUCGAGAGGAAGGAGGAAAAUGGGUCGGGUUGUGUUAGGUUGAGUUGGUUGGAUCAGCCGCUUUAUAGUGUCUCGGGUUGGGUGCCGGAGGAUCGGGCGGGUGGGUCGACUUUGGCGAGUUGA